AUGGACCAAUGUGUACACCAUUCUCCAGCCAACCAAGAACGCCUAAAGCAUUGCAUCGGCAAGGCCAAAAACGAUAUGAAGAACGACAAACGUUUGUGCACCGGCAUCCGCGAAUGUUAUAGGAGCUUCUCAAAGGAACCCGGUUGCUCUGCAGCAAUCACUCGAAUUAACUCCGCUUUAACGCAAUGCAUCAACGAGAAAACAAGAGGAAAGAUGCCAAAGUUCUUCACUCAAAUUACAAAGGAUUUCGCCAGAGGUGAAAUGGAACAAGCAUUCAAAAAAUGCCACGCUGCAGCUGGAGUGCCCUAUCCUACUAGUAAAAUGGAAAGUAUCAAAAGGAUGAUUAGAGGCAUUGCGGUAGACAUGGCGAAGCGUCGCGGAACGCCUGAUUCUGUAACCAAAUUAAUGCAUGUGAUGAACAACGUCGUACAAGACAUGACCAGCCAAUGGAUCGCUUCUUAUUCUCCUGCUUGUAUUCGAGGCUAA